AAUUUACAUUUCCAAGAUAUCACUAGAGGAUACCGCCGUUUUCGCUAUUUGAGAGUACGAGAGAUAUUUAAAAGCUAUUUGUGACUUUUGUAUGUGACCAAACCCUUAGCUACCGGCUCGUCUGUUGUGUAGUUUAAAAAAAUGGAAAUUUCACACCCCUCCGAGACAAUGGUUUCUCCCUUCUGUCCGGCUGAACGUGCACUCUGUUUUGACUGACAUACUCGCGAGCGCAGAGUUGGGGAGGUCGUGAAGUUGCCGAACGGGUAGAGGAGUAAACACCAUGGUGGGAGUGGAGUGCAGGUCUGAGCAGGUGAGGGUGUGAUCCCUCUGCGAUUGGUCGACAGAGAGACCUACGGCCGGACAGACGGAGACUGUGAGGGGAAAAGAAGAAUGGCUCGAAAUGUUAACUUCGAUCUGAACCACCCUCUCAUGGAAGCUGGACUGGAAAGCCCAGUGGACGAGGAAGGCGUUCAUGACUCAUUCAACCAGCUGAUAGCAGAGCACGGAGACCUGUCUGAUGCCUAUGAGCUUCAGCAGCUGCAGAGAGAUCUGGACGAUGAGCUUCGAGAUGAUGUGUCCUACUUGUCCAGCCCUGGACACGACUUUAGGGAAAGGAGGCAGGGACAAGGAGAGGAUGAAUGGGAGGAUGAUGAAAGACAGACAGACCCCCUCGUAGGUGAACGCUGGUCCUCAGCCACCUUGAAGAUCUUGUCGUCUAUGCCCAGUCGCACCAUUGGGCGCAGCAGGGGAGCCAUCAUCUCUCAGUACUACAACAGGACCAUGCAGCUUCGCAGACGUAGGCAGAGCAGACCCUCCAUCCAACACUUCAACUCUCGCUCUGGCAGACCGAGCAUACGAGGCUACGGCAUGGAGACAAUCACUACGGAUGCAGACAUGACUAAAAGGGAGCAUUUGGUGAACAACCUGCAGAACCUUUCAGUGAGCGACAGAGUCAGGAUGCUCCGAGCAAUGCCUCUCAGUGUGGCUGAGAAGAGACAACUCAGGACGUCAGCAUUACAAAAGGAGAGGCGCACACUUUCUGGCAGUCAGAUCCCCUGUUGCAGUCGACUCAAAUAUUACAUCAUAAUUGCUGUGAGACAGAGUUGGUACAGCUGGCUGUCCUUCCUGCACUCCCUCCAGCUGUGGCAAGUGGCGCUCAAGAGAGUGAGCGGGCGUUUCGGCACUGGAGUCCUCUCAUACUUCCUGUUCCUUAAGACCCUUCUUUUCUUCAACCUCUUCAUGUUCCUGGUGACAGGGGCGUUCUUGGUGCUGCCUCAGGCAGUGCACCCUCCAGCGCUGCUUGAUAGGAGACGCAACUUCUCUGGACUGGAGCUUCUCACCGGAGCAGGCUAUUUCUCAGACACAGUGAUGUACUAUGGAUACUACAGUAACUACACAUUGCACAGGAGCUGCAGGGAUGAUGGUGGAGGGCAGAAUGUGUCUGUGUCCAGUGGAACCAGGCUGGACUGCGUAUCGAAGCACCUGUCUUACAACAUGCCGCUUGCGUACUUCUUCACCAUAGGAGUGUCCUUCUUCAUCACAUGCAUCAUCCUUGUGUACAGCAUGUCCAAGUCGUUUGGUCGGAGCUUCCGCAUCGAUAAAUCUCACAGCAUCCUGGCCAUGAAGGUCUUCUGCUCCUGGGACUUCAAGGUCAUCAAGAAAGCCUCUGUCAAACUCAUGUCUGAGAAUAUAUGCACCCAGCUCAAGGAGCUUCUGGGAGAGUUGAGCCAUAAACAAGUCAAGAACACUGUGUGCCAGAAGUUGUGGAGACUGACGGUCCAUUGCAUAGCAUGGACUAUCUGCAUAGCGAGCACCACUGCCUGUGUGAUUGGCAUUUACUUCUUCUCUCAGCACAUGCACCAGAACCUCCAGACAAGGUCUCGUAGUCCUCUCGCUACCCAGAAUCCCUUGUUGAAUGAGGCCAGCCUGCUGGCUCUGCCUGUGGUGGUGUCACUCAUCAACCUGCUGCUGCCUGGCCUGUUCAACCUUGCAGCCUGGAUGGAGGACUAUGAGUCGCCUUCUGUACGCACAUAUGUUGCCAUCGCCAGGAACUUGCUGUUAAAAGUGAGUGUUCUUGGCGUCCUUUGUUACCACUGGCUGGGUUGGGUUGCUACUGACCUUCAAAAAAAUAAGUUAACGUGCUGGGAGAGUUUUGUUGGCCAGGAGCUUUAUCGCUUCCUGCUCAUGGACUUCAUCUUCACUCUGCUGGACACCUUGUUAGGAGAGUUUCUCUGGAGGUUGUUUUCUAAGAAGGUCCUGAAGAGGAGGAGGAAACCAGUGUUCGAUAUUGCCAGAAAUGUGCUUGAACUCAUCUAUGGACAAACCUUAGCCUGGUUGGGUGUUCUCUUCUCUCCUCUCCUGCCUGCAGUGCAGAUUCUCAAACUCUUGCUGCUCUUCUACGUUAAGAAGAGCAGUGUGAUGAUGAACUGUCAGGCUCCCAGGAAGCCGUACAGGGUCAGCCAGAUGACCACCAUCUUCAUCACUCUCCUCUGCUUCCCCUCCUUCCUCGGUGCCUCCGUGUGUGUCACGUACACCAUGUGGAGUAUCACUCCCUCCACAUCCUGCGGUCCGUUCCGUGAGCUCAAAACGAUGCUGCAGGCGGGGAAACGCUGGGUGGAGGAACUGGAAAAAGAUAAUCCAAACCUGUCCGUGUUGGCCAGGGCUCACUCCUACCUGGUGGAAAACCCUCUCUUCCUGUUUGUGGCAGCAGGCAUCUUUCUGAUAGUCAUCUACUUCCACAGUCAGGUGGUGGACGGUCAAAGGAAGAUCAUCAGUUUACUACAGGAUCAGAUAAAAAAUGAGGGAGAGGAUAAGAAGUUUCUCAUCACUCGCCUCCAGUCCAUCCAUGAGCAAAGACGAACCCCCAGUCGAAGACUCACAAGCCAGGACUCUUCAUGUUGAGGCAGUUUAGUCUCCAGUAGACGAGCCUCCUCACUUCUCUGUGCACUAACCAAGGUUUGGUGACUUCUUGAACUAGGUGGAAUAUAACUGGAAUAUUAGCACCAAAGGACAGCAGGACCAAAAUCAGCUGUAUCGUGCAUUUGGUAGGUUUUAAAAUUUUUAAUUUUUUUUUUUUUUAGAUUUUAAUGGCUGGAGUUUUUGUAGAGAGGAGGAACAAGUGAUCAUGAAACACAGUUCUACCAUGUAUAUAAACUCAAGCUUGUAAAGCCAUUAGCAAUAGAAGACUAUUAACAGAUAUGAGGACUCCUCAAGAGAACUGAGAAAAGAGAGAAUGACAGGUGGCACAGGAGAAGAAGAGAAAUGUGUUUGCAUUUGUUUUUGAGUUUUAAAAAGCAAACUGAGCAGGAAGCAGGUAAUUCUUUGUGUAAGAAAACAAACUGUAGCAGAGGAAUAAACCGGUGCCAUUAGUUUAAACAGAACCCACUCGUCUCUCACAGAAGCACUUUCAUACCUACUGUGAACUGUUUUAUUUUUAUUCUUUGAAUUUUUAAAAAAUAAUUUUAUCAGUAUGCGUGUUGUAGGUAAACUUUGGAUGUUGUAAGAAUGAUAGUGCUGUAAAUGACACCUUGUGUUUUUUUUUCAUUAAGGUGAUAACUACAUGUGUGUUUUCAGACUUUUGUAAUUAAAUUAUGUUUUAUCAAA